GCGUCUGGCAGAGUCAGAGCCUGAGCUGACGUCAUGAGCGCGUGGGAGCAGUGGGGCGGCAAGAAGCCGGCGAGCGGCGGGCUGCAGGGCGCGCAGGAGGCUUUCAGCAGCCUGUUGCGCGCCUCGCCGCUGUCCACGGCGUCCACGGCGUCCACGGCGUCCGCGGACAGCGAGGCGGGCGCGGGCUUCUCGCUCAAGAAGGCGUGGGACUCGGCGCGGGACCUGACCAAGAGCGCGGUGGCGGCGCCCGCGUCUUCUUCCUCCUCUUCCUCUGGGGCGGGGAAGGACGCGGCGGACGCGAUGGAGAGCGGGCAGAUGGACGGGCAGGUGGACGACGCAGCGGUCGCCAAGUGGCCGCUCUGGAGGAAGAACUCGACCAGCGAGGCGGGGCUGAUCCCGAGCAUGAGCUGGAACACGCGGUUCAAGUACUUUGUGGGACUCGUGAUGCUGGGCAUGCUGUUCUUUGGCAUGGCGUCCAUCUUCCUGCCGCUGAUUAUGAUCCGGCCGUCCAAGUUCGCGCUGAGCUUCACGCUGGGCAGCAUUUGCUGCAUGGGAGCGUUCGCCAUGCUCAAGGGCCCGGCGGCGUACAUUUCGGGGCUGUUGCAGGCCAACAGGCUGCUGUUGACAAGUGCCUACUUCGUGACGCUCGGGUGCACGCUGUAUAGCUGUUUGAUCCUCGGCAACUACGUGCUCGUGGUGCUGAGCUCUGUGAUGCAGCUCACGACGCUGGGAUCGUUUGCGCUGUCGUCUUUUCCUGGAGGCAACUCGAGCUUGAAAGCGUUCGGCGCAUUGUUCUGGAAAUCAGCACGCGGCAUGCUCCAAGCGCUCGCUCGUCUCUUUAGGUAAAUAUAUCGGACAACUCGUGACGACGGCGUAGGAACCGCAGACAAGGUGUGGCGUGGACACCCGCCGACACAAUAGCAGGCUUGACCCCCAUUUUGUUUAUUAGAACGACGUCUUCUUGGCUGUUGCUUCGUGAAGGUUUCGGUCAUCCCAAGCCUGUUCAUCGAAGUCAAGAUCGUUAGUCCAUUACUAAUCCAUUAAUCCGGUCGAGUUGAGAAGUACCCACCCACCCGUUCGCUAGUCGGAGCAUUCAGCGCUCGCCUCUCGGGCAUGUGACUGUCCAUGUAGUCAAUGCCUUUGGCGAAGAAGACGCAGAGGAGGCCGUAGCCGGCGCUGCGUGUCGUGGCGUGGCAGUACACAGCAGAGACAGUGAGUCGGGGCGCCAUCAAUGCAACAACUCACAAACAAACAGACACACACACCUCUCGCGCGUGCUGAGGUUCCGGAAGGCCUUGUACAUGUCUGUUGCUGUCAGGUGUGUUGGUGUAUCAGGAGCGAAUUUCACCACUGGCAGGCAGGGCUUGGCACCAGUGGGGUGUUUGAGCCACGAGA